GGUUGUUUGAUGGGUUCCGUGGCGGCUGAUCCCCAUUUGCCACUGGUCCUGAUUUGGCAGGGCGCUUGCGAGCCAAGCAUUGGUGGACAUAAAGAAUUCCAUGGACACGGACGAACUUACUUUCCCCUCCUCUCCUCUCCUCUCCUCUCCUCUUCUUCCCCGCCCUCUGCCUCGCCACCGCGCACGGCAAGGGGCGGAUUGCCUGGCUGAUCGAUGGACGGGAACGCUCUGGAGGAGCUGAUACGGCGGCUCCUGGACGGGAAGAAGAACAAGGGGCCGGGGAAGAAGGUGCAGCUGAGCGAGGCCGAGAUCCGGCACCUCUGCGUCGCCGCCAAGGAGAUCUUCCUCUCCCAGCCCAACCUCCUGGAGCUCGAGGCUCCCAUCAACGUGUGCGGCGACAUCCACGGUCAGUUCUCGGACCUGCUCCGGCUGUUCGACUACGGCGGGCUACCGCCGGCCGCCAACUACCUGUUCCUGGGCGACUACGUGGACCGCGGGAAGCAGAGCAUCGAGACCAUCUGCCUGCUGCUGGCCUACAAGAUCAAGUUCCCGGACAACUUCUUCCUGCUGCGGGGCAACCACGAGUGCGCCUCCAUCAACCGCAUCUACGGCUUCUACGACGAGUGCAAGCGCCGCUUCAGCGUCCGCCUCUGGAAGCUCUUCACCGACUGCUUCAACUGCCUCCCCGUCGCCGCCCUCGUCGACGACAAGAUCCUCUGCAUGCACGGCGGCCUCUCCCCGGACCUCGACAGCCUCGACCGGAUUAGGGAGAUCCAGCGGCCCGUCGACGUGCCCGACCAGGGCCUCCUCUGCGACCUCCUCUGGUCCGACCCCGACCGCGACAGCUCCGGAUGGGGCGAGAACGACCGCGGCGUAUCCUUCACCUUCGGCGCCGACAAGGUCGCUGAGUUCUUGAACAAGCACGACCUUGACCUCAUCUGCCGCGCACAUCAGGUCGUGGAGGACGGUUACGAGUUCUUCGCGGACCGGCAGCUGGUCACCAUAUUCUCCGCGCCCAACUACUGCGGCGAGUUCAACAACGCCGGCGCGCUCAUGAACGUCGACGCCAGCCUCCUCUGCUCCUUCCAAAUCCUCAAGCCCUUGAGAAGCAAAACGCAGCAGACGGAGUGACGGGGCCCGUUUUCAUUGUUAUUAGAGGGCUUGUUUAGGAUCAUCAUGCGCAUCAUCUCCUAGAUUCUUCUCCUGCACAGAUUUCUCCAUACAAUUUUGUGGGUUAGCUGAUCCGACCUCCACUUCUGCUGAAUCCUUUGCCCUGGACUUGAUUCUGUACGUGUAUGUAGAAGCAUAUUGUUUCUGAA